AGCCGGCGGGGGGGGGGGAGAAGCCAGCGAGUUGAGGGUCCGCCGGGUGUUGCAACACCGCCUCCUUCCCGUCCUCCCUCCCCUCCUCUUCGGGCUCUCCAAGGCUUGUCAGAGGCCUACGGCCCCAACCUCAAGGCAGCCGCGACGAGGGGCGGCGAGCGGGGGAGAGAAGUUCUAGAAGCGGGCACGUGCGUCGCCAAACUCGCCGCGCACCUCCGCGACUUGCUGGGCGGCGAAACGCUCCGUUCGGCUUCCUCCUUCAGGCAGCACCUGCUGCCGCCGCCGCCGCUGUUGCUGCUGCUGCAGCGGCCAAGGGAGGGCCGGCUUCAGUAUUUCCUGUGGAAAUCCCGGAGCAUUCAGCUCCUCCUCUCGAUUCCUCCCCACCCCCGCGCGUGUUUGCGGGUUGGGGACUGAGGAAGGAAGGGAGGAAGGAGCAGAGCUGUUGGCUGUUGUCGCUGCUCCCUUCUGCGUCUGACCGCCGCCCCCCUCCCCGACCUCCUUGUGGCUUUCUGCCGCUCGGCUGUGGCGUCCCGGCGCGACCACCCCCGGCCUCCAGGAGCAGCGUUCUUCCGAGCUAGCUUCUGGACCGGCCGAUCUCCCCCACCCCUCGCGCGCGUGCCCCCCUUUGCGUCUCCGGAGGGGAGGAAAGAGUGGGCAACGGGGGGGGGAGGUCGCCGAGCUCCCGCAGUGCUUCUCCGAUGGGCAGUUUGCUGAGCGGAGUCAGCUUCAAGGAGCCCACCACGGUGGAGGACUGUGACUCGACCUGGGAGACGGAUUCGGAGCCGGAGCUGCAAGACACCGGCGGGGAAGAAGGGCCACCGCUGGAGCAGGCGGGCGGCGGCGAGGGCGACGACGACCCAGCGGCUGACCGGCAGCGGCGGCGACAGCAGCAGCCGCCGCCGCCGCCGCCGCCAGAGGAACCGCUCUCUGCGACAGGCGGCCGGCCGGAAGCCGCCGAGAACCGCGAAGGGGCUGCCGUGGAAGAGGAGAAGGAGGAGGUGGAGAAGGAGGAGGAAAAGGCAGGAGGAGACGGGGUGGCCGAAGAAGACGAAGCCGAGGGCAGGAAGCAGGGAGAGACCGAAGCCCCCGGGCCCGAACAGGGGGAUGAUUCAAUUGAUGUGACGGCUAAACCAAAGAGAAGUUUUUAUGCUGCAAGAGACUUAUAUAAAUAUCGUCAUCAAUAUCCACAGAACUUUAAAGAAUUGAGAUACCAAAAUGAUUUGUGCAAUCUCCGCUUUUACAAGAACAAAAUUCCCUUUAAACCUGACGGGGUUUAUAUUGAAGAGGUCUUGAAUAAAUGGAAAGGAGAUUAUGAAAAGUUGGAACACAAUCACACUUAUAUACAAUGGCUGUUUCCACUCAGAGAGCAAGGACUGAAUUUCUAUGCAAAAGAAUUAACAACCUGUGAAAUUGAGGAGUUCAAAAAAACGAAAGAAGCGAUCCGAAGAUUCCUGUUAGCUUACAAGAUGAUGCUGGAGUUUUUUGGGAUAAAAUUAAUCGAUAAAACUGGGAAUGUGGUACGAGCUGCUAACUGGCAAGAAAGAUUCCAGCACUUGAAUGAAUCCCAACAUAAUUACCUGAGAAUCACCCGGAUUCUGAAGAGCCUCGGUGAACUUGGUUAUGAAAGUUUCAAGCCUCCUCUUGUGAAAUUGAUCCUUCACGAGGCUCUGGUGGAAGAAACCAUCCCCAAUAUUAAACAGAGUGCUCUGGAAUAUUUUGUGUACACCAUUAGAGAUCGAAGAGAGAGGAGAAAGCUCCUACGGUUUGCCCAACAGCACUACAUGCCUUCUGACCAUUUCAUAUGGGGGCCACCGAGGAAACAGAAGCCGGAAGGAAGCAAACCCAGUAAAAAGCUGCCUUCACCCGUGUCCCUUCGUAACAGUUCUACUUGUAAACAUAAAAAGACAAAAGAUCUUAAGAACGUAUCUGAAAUUUGUAACUCAAGGAAUAAAACCAAUGGUGAGAAAAAGACAGAGCAUAUUAAAAAUGGUACAGAUAGUGAUCAGAGUAAGAAAACCAGCUCCCCUGAAGUUGUUAAGCAGGGCAGUAUGGUAAAAAAUAGUAGCGCUGAGUGUCAGAACUCUAAAAUGGACGUUGUUGAGCCUUUGAAUCAGAAGGAGACUAUUUCUCAUUUAAAAAAACAUAAAGGCAAAAACAAGGAAAACGUUAGCCAAGACUGCAAACAUUUGGAAGAUACAGAAAAAGAUUCAUGUGAGACUAAAAACAAUUCAACAAAUAUGUCAUCAGAUAUGCAAGACAAUAUAUGUAAGGAUAAAAACCUGGCAAGCUCAUCUGUAAGAAAUAAAGAGUGAAAUCUUCUACUGCUUGUGACAAAAUGGUUUUUCACUUGUAGAAAAUUGUUAAGGAACAAGAGGUCUUUGAUAUUGGAUCCAGUGCUGGCUACAUCAGCUUAGCCUCUGUGGGGCUGUGGUUUCUUUAAUUUGUUCACGGUUUGUACUUCUCCCAGCUGUGUAUUAAGCUUACAAACUGCAUAUUGCUUAAGUCCAAGAAAAAAACUUCAUUUAAAUCUGUUUCCUAUGCAUAAAAAUCUAAGGUUUAUUUUUAUUGUGUAUUUUAUUUAAACUCUUUUAAUUAACUCUAAGAUUUUGUUUUCAAAAUAAGGAUGCAAGAUAGACUUCCAAGGAGCCAAAGUUAGUGUCUCUUCAGCAGAUAACUAUGCUAAUAUUUAGAGUGCCUACCAUUGCUUAAAAAUUGGAAUUUAGCCGUAUUCUUAUUUAACACAGAAAGUGGACCUCAGAGAUUUGAGCUAAACUCAAGCACAGCCUUGAAUCACACUGGGCAAACUAUAUUAAUUCAGCUCCUUUUCAAGCUUGACUAUUAGAACUCGUAAUUAAUUUCCCUAGGUUAUUAAUGAGAAAAUACAGCAAAGUAGCAAAUUGCUACUAUUUGCAUACCAGCCUCCCAACAUACGCUUACAGUUUGUUAUUGCCAUUUCUCUUGAUAUCUCCUUUUAACACAAUGCACUGAAUGAAGUGUUGGAAAAAUAGGAUUCAGAGCUGUUAAUGAGAAUACAGUAUAAGGUAUUUAAAUGUUUUAAAAUAAUGACACCUUGCUCAGGUACGAUAUUCCAAAUGAAAACUCAUUUAUCAUGAUGACACAUCAGCAAAGUUCCUGUGAAUAUAAAAUGGGGUAAAAUGUAUUCUGCUUGCAUGUUUUCUGCUUUCCAUUAUUUAUUAUCUCACUUCAUCCCCCUCCCUUUUUGUUGUCAUUCUUGCAUGGACUUGCACACCUCUGAGAAUGAAGGUAAGCAUUUCGUCCAUGUUUACUUCAGUAUCUGGAGCAAUCACUGGUAGGAGGGAAUCAUUCCCCUUGAGGGGUUUCAUUCCUGUGGAUAAAGGCUUUCGUAUAAAACAGGAAAAUUUAAACGUUGCAAAGACCCCAAAAAAUUGUGUAUCCAGCUUUUCUAGGACAGAAAAACACUAUUUUAAAUAUGACCUCCCUGGAAUUUCAGAACGGAUUUAAAAAGCCCUUUAUAGACAGGAGCUUUCAUCUUAUUUUUCUGCCAGCCUUCCUGAAAAUUCCUACCAAUAAUUUUACUGUUGGAGUUUACUGCAGGAAAUCCUUCUCAGCAUGUUGAUAUUUGCACAAGGCAUCUCACUGUUCUCUUGCUUGCUUCUCCCUCUCUUCACCUCUGACCCAGGAAGUAUUCCCAGGGAAGGAGUUAUAGUACAUUUCUAAAAGUUGAAGUCUGUUAAUGCAAAGGACUCGAAAGACGUUGCCAGAGCUAGGAAGAUUCACAGGGCCUCCUAGUGAGUCAAUAUAGCUCUCUAUCAAAGUCAUAAUUAUAACACUCUUAAUAUAUAGUUUAAUUAUCCUUCCUCAAAUCAAAAAACAUGUAGAUGAAAAGAGGAGACAUUUAAUAAAAUGGUAAUCUACGUGAUUGGGCUUAUUUGUGAUAUUAGUUUGGGUUAAGAACAGGAAAGAACUUGUGUGUAUGUGUUAGUACUUUUGUCCCACAAGCUCAUGGACUGUUUGCAUGACAUGCUAAACUACAGGCAAUUCUCAACUUACAACCAUUCAUUUAGAAAUCAUUUGAAGCUAAAAAAGCAUCACAUAAAGCGAUUUACAAUUGCUCCUCGUACUUAACAACUGUUACAGCAUUCCCCUGGUCUUGUAAUCAAAAUUUGGGUGCUUAGCAAUUGGUUUGCAUUUGCAGUGGUUCAGCAUCCCGGGAUCAGGUGAACUCCAUUUGCAGCCUUCCCAGACAGCUUCCAACAAGCAAAGGCAAUGGGGAAAACUGUGUUUGCUUAAUGUCCCCAUGAUUCACUUAGCAGCCAUGGCCAAAAAAAAAAAAAAAAGUCAGGCAUGACUCACAUAAAAACCCAUCUUGCUUAACAAUGGAAUCCUGAUCCCAAUUCUGAACAUAAAUCGAGAACUAGCUGUGAAGUAAGAGGGGAAGAGGUAGUGAUACUGGUGCUGGUGGAGAGAUAAAUAAUACAUAAAUAAUACAUCCUAACCCGUUUAUCCCAUGGUGGUUGUGUCUUAAACCAGGUAUUCCAAGUCAGCCCUGCAGUGUGGCCGUGGAAAAGAGGGUUAAACAUGUCUCCAUGCUGGCUGCACUGUCAGGGCACAUUCUAGGUACUUCUUCCUGAUUAUUUUUCUUGUUUUUACUUUCUCUGCCCCUAAUGCUCAGAUUGCAGCCAUGUAGGAUAAAAUGGACAUAAAGAUGCUGACUUUAAAAAGCAGGAAGUGAUGGUCACUUAUUGAGGUGAGACUGCCUGACUGGUAGUCUGCUGCUGGCUUAUAGACGUUCAGAGAGGGUAGCAUUAGGCUGGGUUAAUUGUGCAACGCAAACGUAGCUCAUCAGUCCAGAAACCCACAAUCUAGUAGAAAUAGUAAAUAGGCUCCCAGGUAAUAGGAACGUACUGUUAAGCUCUAUUUUUCCUUCACUCCAGAAAAUUCUGCUUUUGGCACCAUCUUCUGUUAAAAGAAUUCUAAUUUGGCUUUUAGAAAACAUGACUCCCAACUGUCCAGGGCAUUGUCAAUUACUGGAAUUCAGCGAGUAGCAGCACGCACCAACAAAGAUUUUGUGGGCCUGUGCUGAGAAUACUUGCAUAUCUUUCGUUGUUCCUCCCACCUGUGGGAUGCACAGAAACAAAAAAUAAUUGCAAAUAAAGCUUUUGUGUAUUAUUUGUUUUUCCCAUCUUACCAGCACUGACUGUUGUAUGCCAACUGUGAUGGGUUAGUCCUCUGUCUGCAAGUUCACAGGAUACAUGGAUUAAAGUACAACAGUAUUGGAACCCUGGGGGUGGCAGUUGUUUCUAAGAUUUUCCUUAAAUAUAAGUAAUGCUGCCUUUUUGAAUUGUGCAAAUUUUUUAAAAACAUACAGAUUGAAUUUUGUCUUGUUAAUGUCAAAAGUAUAAUUAAAUUGUAUUCCUGUCUUUCGA